UCGACGUCGUAGCCUAGGAGACGUUUUGUUUACUUCCGGGUUGUCAGAGUCGAAAACAAGAGGGGCAGCAGCACCAACACGCCCACGACGCCGAGCAAAGCGGAUUAAAGUCCCGCAGAGAUGGCAGGGGAGGCUGAGAACGGCAUACCAGAAUCAGGAGCAGUUUUCACUUUUGGAAAGAGCAAAUUUGCCGACAACAUCCCCAGUAAAUUCUGGCUUAAGAAUGACGUCCCCAUAAAGAUAGCCUGCGGGGACGAACAUACCGCCUUAAUAACAGAAAAUGGGAAACUCUUCAUGUUUGGCAGCAACAACUGGGGCCAGCUUGGUCUGGGGUCCAAAGUGACUGUGAACAAGCCUACUUGUGUCAAAGCUCUAAAGUCUGAGAAAGUUCAGCUCGUGGCGUGUGGAAGAAACCACACUCUCAUCUGCACAGCUCAGGGAAAAGUGUUCUCCUCGGGCGGGAACAGCGAGGGUCAGCUGGGGCUCGGUGACUGCGAGGAGAGGACGGCCUUCCAGAGGAUCGCCAUCUUUGAUUCACAAGGACCAAUCAAAAUGCUCGCUGCCGGUUCCAACACCUCCGCUGCUCUCACAGAGGGCGGUAAACUGUUCAUGUGGGGCGACAACACGGAGGGUCAGAUCGGUUUGGGGAAGGAGAGCCACGCCUCCUCGCCACAGGAAGUCAACGUGGGACGACCGAUCAGCUGGGUGUCCUGCGGAUACUACCACUCUGCCUUAGUGACGGUCGACGGAGGUCUGUACACGUUUGGCGAGCGAGACAGCGGCAAACUGGGUCUGGGCACGGACCAGCUGGCCCGGCACAGAGUCCCUCAGCUGGUGAAGAGCAUCAAGGAGCCGGUGAUACAGGUGGCCUGCGGAGGCGGACACACGGUGGCGCUGACAGACGACGACGUGUUCACGUUCGGUCUCGGUCAGUUCGGACAGCUCGGUCACGGGACGUUCAUCUUCGAAUCACGGCUGCCGCGGCCCGUCGAGCACUUCAGGAAGGGACGAGUGUGUCAGGUGACCUGUGGAGAGAACCACACUGCCGUCGUCACAGACUGCGGUUUGCUGUACACGUUUGGAGACGGCAGACACGGCAAACUGGGCCUGGGAGAAGAAAACUUUACCAACCAGUUUAAACCAACUCUGUGUCCGCGCUUCCUCAAGUACAACGUUCAGGCUGCGACGUGUGGCGGUUGUCACAUGGUGGUGCUGGCGCGGCCGAGGGAUCCCGAAUGUGGCGAUGUGAUUUUGGAGGACGACGACGUGACGGAAGAUUUCCUGGAGAAGCCGUUCGUGGAGCUGCUUGGGGGAACGGCUGACUCCUCCACCCUGCAGAGGAGCCUCUCGGCUCGAGUUCGCAGGAGGGAGAAGGAAAGAUCUCCGGACCAGUUCGGCACCAUGUUCCGCACGCUGCCCGCCAUGAUACCUGGCUACCUCCACCCGCCGCUGCCCGUCUCCAGCCAGACCAUCCCGCCUAGACUGCCUCCGCCUGAGCUGAGCCACAGAAAGGUGCUCAACGGCACUCACCAACACAGGAGCGCAGGGUCAAACCACCAGGAGCAGACAGGGGGCGAGACAGACAGCGUUGUGGAGAGCCUGACCGACACCGACAGCGUUAAAGGCCUGGGAGACACCACAGACUUCCUCAACAUGACACACGUGAUGAAGAUGGAUCCCAGUGAUAAAACACUCACUCUGUCUCCAGUUCAGAAGAGAAAGGGUAAGCAUGGUAAAGGGCAGAAAGAGAACCAAAAAAAGGAGAGAAAGCUCUUGAAGCAGAGCAGUUUCUCUUCCACUUCCCCGUCUCAGAAGAGCGAGACUGUUUCUCCUCGCCGGGCGUUACCCACCGAGCUCCUGAGGGGCCACAGCGCUCGCUCUCUGGCCUCUCAGAGCUCACAGAGACAGAAAACAGCCAUCCAGAACAAAGAGAAUCUGAUCAUGGCCAUAGAAGAUCUGCAGGGGAAAGCCAGUAAAAACAAACCUCCGAGUGUAGGGGACAUUAGGAAGGCGGCGUCCAAGCAGCGGCUCAGGCAAGUUCAGGGGAAAAGCCAGCUGAUAGAGGUUGGCAGGAAGCUGGUACCAGACUCUGAACAAAGUCCUGAACCAAAAAAGAGAGAAUCUAAGUCUGCAUUGGCCAAAGUGAAGCAACCUGUCAGGGUGAAAAGCAAACCGAUGGUCGUGCAAAGUCAACGUGCAGGAGUUAGCUCGCCAGGUAAACGCAGUCGCACAGGCUCACCUGAGUUUCAUCUGAGUGAUGCCUUGAAUGAAGAGAGCUUACGUAGCCCUCCGCUGCUCUCCGAGGGGAAAAAAAACUCAGAUUUUUCAAAAAAAUCUAAGAAUGAGAAAAACAAAAAAGAGGCUCAGUCAAAAAAAGGCUCAAGAGUGGCGACACAAAAACAGAAAGGGGCGUCAGAUCUCGGCCUGCUCGCUGGAGCAGCCUCUCUCGCAGCAGGAUCGGUAUUAAUGCACGAGGUGGCCUCCAGAAGACGUUUUAGCUCGGCGUCGCCAUCCCCAUCCGAGAGCAGCCGGGGGAUCCUGAAAGACAGCAUCACAAAAUCCCGGAGCGAGGAAUCUGAAUCCUACGCUGCCGAUUUUAGCAACAAAUCCGCGAUCAGCAUCAACAUCAUACCUGCAGCUGAGAGUCAGGACGGGAAGGAAACGAGUCCGGAUGAAAGUGAGGAGGAGGAAGAGGAAGGGCAGAGAACGAGUGCAGAAGUAAGCGAGCAAGAGGAUGAGGAGGAGCAGGAGGAUGAGGAGGAUGACGAUGAGGAGGAUGACGAUGAGGAGGAUGUCAGUAACCGUGUCGAGAAAGUAACAGGAGGAGAAGAAGAAGAAGACAAAGACAGCGACACUCUUCAACCAGAAGAUGAGUCAGAAACUGAUGUAGAUGAGGAGGGAGGGAAGGAUGAGGAGGAAGAUGAGAGUGGUGCUGAGGUAGAGGAGGAGGAAGAGGAGGAAGCGAGUGGAGCGGCAGGAAGUGAAAGUGUAGACGAGACUGAGGAGAAAGAGAGCAAAGGAAGUGAUGUAGAAGAAGAGGAGGAGGAGGAGGAGGAGGAGGAGGAAAAUGAGAAAGGGUCGAGUCAGGAGACAGAAAGCGAAGGAAGAGAGUCUGAAAAGGAUGAGGAAGGUGAGGAAGAAGAGGGGGAUUUGGAAAGCGAGGGUGAGGAAGAGGAGGGUGAAAGUGAGUCUUUAAAGUCCUCGGAGGAGAGAGGGGAGAGUGAUGCUGAGGGUGAGACAGAGGGAGGAGAAGAGGAGGAGGAGGAGGAGGAAGAGGAGGAGAAACAGGAUAGUGCUGAGGAGGAGGAGCAGGAGAGUGAAAAUGAAGAGGAAGAGGAGGAGGGGGAGGAGAGUGAAAAUGAAGACGAAGAAGAAGCAGAGGAAGAGAGUGCUGAGGAAGAGGUAGAAGAGGAAAAAGAGAGUGACGAAGAAGUGGCAGAAGAGGAGGAGGAAGAGGCUGAAGAGGAGGAGGAAGAGGCUGAAGAGGAGGAGGAAGAGGCUGAGGAGGAAGAGGUUGAUAACAAAGAUGAGAAAGAAGAGGAAGAGGAGGAGGAAGAGGUUGAUAACAAAGAUGAGGAGGAAGAGGAGGAGGAAGAAGAGGAAGAAGAGGAGGAGGAGGAAGAAGAGGAGGAGGAGGAAGAAGAGGAGGAAGAAGAAGAGGAGGUUGUUGAAAAUAAAAAAUCUGCUCAAGUCAAAAGACAAAGUACCAAAUCUAAAAGUAAACUCAGGUCAGGGGUCAAAGGUCAGGCAGCAGGCGAGUCGGAGGAGUUUUGGGAUGAUGUGUUACCUCAGUACCUCAACCUGAAAUAACGAAGCCUUCAAAUGAGUCUGAAAUCCAGACCUACUCCGUUUACAGUCAUUAAGGAGCAGACAAAGAUUUCUCCUCAGAAACAACAAUAACUAAUAAUGAAUCAUCUGUUAAUAAAUAAAGCAGCAAACAGCUGUUCUAUGUAAAGAUAUAAAGGCUGAAGCUCCUGCUGACGAACCCACGGAGGAUCAUUAACAACUCUACUGAGCUUUAUUGUUUGUCUGUUUUUAACCCGCCGGUUUGGUGCUUCUAUAUUAGUAUUUGUAUAUUUGAGAACAGUGUUUGUGCUGAUCACGGAGGUAACUUCUGAUCACGGCGGUAACUUCUGAUCACGGAGGUAACUUCUGAUCACGGAGGUAACUUCUGAUCACGGAGGUAACUUCUGAUCACGGAGGUAACUUCUGAUCACGGAGGUAACUUCUGAUCACGGCGGUAACUUCUGAUCACGGCGGUAACUUCUGAUCACGGUGCCUUUCUGCUCAUAUCUCUCUUAUUUCAUCAGUUCACAUUAUGCUUUCUGUGCUGCUUCUCUCUUACUCAGAACUGCUUUUGUUAUUACAUAAUUGCUGUUAUGUAACUGAUGUUGUUUACUGAUCAAAUGUGUCUCAAGUUUUGUUUACUUCUUUUUGUGGCAGCUUAAAGAUGGGUAUAUCUUGGUUGAACAAUAGUUAGUUGUUAUGCUCAUAAUGAUGCAGUAUGGGACAUUUUCUAUUGUAUUGUGUUGCAGCUCAGUAUUACAGAAACCUUUAAGCACUGAUCUGCAUUGCCACCGCAGUGAAGAGUAGCCAUUAUGGUAGGAUUGGUGUACACUACAGUAUAAUUAUACAGAACGCUCUUAAAUAUUCUGACUGGGAUUAUUCUUUUACGUCCUUUCUACUUUCUUUUUCUGUUUCUGUCUUUUUGUUCUUUUCUGUGUUUUUAAUAAAUAAUUGUGUUUAUUAUUGUCAUGUUGUUGGUUGUUUUUAAAGUAUGAGGACUAUAAAAUGAAUUUGGGAUGGAGGCUGGAGGUAAACUGCCUGUUUCUGAAUGUUUGUGUAUCUCUCUCCUGCAUACUGUGUCUACCUGAGACUGUAAGUGAAGCUAAAGGGGAACGAAGGUGACAGGUUGUAGUAACACCUCACAGAAACACAAAGAUCCGAAGGCAGAGCUCAUAUUUUAAGUGACUGUGAUGUGAAGUCAGCUCAUUGUGAUUACACUCAUUAAGGUAAAAGAAAAAAAAAAACGUUUAUGAAUAAAGUUGUCGUAUUUUGAAUGACCUUCUGAUGCUGAAGUCAACAUUUCAUGCAGUCUUCCUCCAAUCUCUGAUAAUAAAGAACUUUUGGAAACCGUCA